GGGAGCUCUGCGGAGUGCGGAGAUUCUUCGUUCCAGUUGUUGCUUGGUUUGUCCGUCAGAGUCGAGCACCUCCACCGUCGGUAAACCCGGAUCCAACUUUGGGAAACUGUGCCGGUUCAAAAAUGGGUAUAGGGUUUGCAGUUGGAGUGUUGGGUGUUCUGCUUCUCGCUCAUGCCGCUUAUUCAACAAUUCAAUAUAGGGGAUUGCUAAAGAUCACGGAGGAAGAAUUCUCAGGGCCCCCCAUUAAUGUGGUGGUUGAAUUGCUAUUAGGGUUAGUUUUCUCUAUGUGGGCAGCCCUAACUGUGCCAGGAAAGUUCCUUUCCAUACACCCAGAUUCGGAGGAGAAUAGGAUUGUUUCUUUGCCAGCCAACCUUGAUUUCAUGAUUUUUAACCAUCGUGGUAAAGCAGUUUUGUCAGGAGUUAACAUGAAGUUGAAGCAUUGAGGUUGUCUUCAUCAAAGAAGAUUUAGCUAAAAGGGUAGUAUAAUUUCCUGGUCAUCUAUAAGAAUACUGAUGAGUUACGCCAUCAUCAAGUUAUUUUGGAAAUGUUUCUCUCUAUUUCUGCCUUUUAUAUUUUGUGGAUUUAACUGUUAGCCUGUUACCACCUUUCAGUUUCAUGUAAUUUAAACUAGGGGGUGAUCACUGUUGCUUGCAGAAGUUGUGCAAACUAUAUGGAUAAAAAUGUCAAAAUAUCUAUUGCUGGUUA